GUGGUGACGGGUGACAGGAGUCUUGUUCUUGUCCUUACACAUAGUCAGCUGCGACUCUUCCGGGUCCCGUUCUCUUUAGCUCUGUCACACCGAUCUCCCCCCAGGACAUGGCCGCUGAGGCGUUGGUGGAGGCCCCGGUGCCCUGCGCCGGCCUCUUCUGGUACCUGGGUGUGGUAGCGGCUUCCUGGUGGGGCCUGAGGGCCGCCUGGCGCCUGCUGAGCGCUGUCCGGGUCUGGGUGCUGGGGAGUGGAGCGCAGGUGGGGCCGAGCAUCGGGAGAUGGGCAGUGGUUACGGGGGCCACAGACGGGAUUGGGAAGGCGUACGCCGAAGAGCUGGCAAGACGUGGCAUGAGCAUUGUCCUUAUCAGCAGAUCCCCUGAAAAACUUGAAGAGGUUUCCAAAGAAAUAAAGGAGAAAUUCAAAGUGGAGACAAAAGUCAUUUCUGCAGAUUUUGGGAAACCUGACGUGAUCUACGACAAAAUUCAGACAGGACUCGCUGGCCUAGAAGUUGGCGUUUUGGUUAACAACGUGGGGAUAUCUUAUGAAUACCCCGAGUAUUUUCUCGACAUCCCGGAUUUGGAUAAUAUGAUCGACAAGCUGAUAAACAUCAACGUCCUGUCCGUGUGUCAGAUGACGCGGCUGGUAUUACCUGGAAUGGUUGAGAGGUCCAAGGGCGUUGUACUGAACAUCUCCUCCGGCAGCGCCAUGUACCCUGUGCCUCUACUGACCGUGUAUUCUGCUACCAAGGCUUUUGUGGACUUUUUUUCCCGUGGCCUCCAUGCCGAGUACGCAAAUAAGGGAAUCACUGUCCAGAGCGUUCUCCCGUUCUACGUGGCUACCAAACUGAGCAAGAUCCGCAAGCCUACCUGGGACAAGCCAAGCCCUGAAACCUACGUCAGAUCAGCCCUGAGCACUGUGGGCUUACAGACUCAGACCAAUGGCUACCUGGCUCACGCGCUAAUGGGCUGGGUCACCACCUCUCUGUUUCCGAUUUCCGCCACCGUCAAGCUGGCCAUGAACGCGAACAAAGGAAUCCGCGCACGUUUUCUGAAGAAGUCCAAGAAAAACUAGAACGCGAAGCAGUAACGAGCUCCCUCCCGUAGCGACAGUCUGUGAUCUACAGAUCUCCUGCUCUCCCCACCAGUCUGUGAUCUACAGAUCUUCUGCUCUCCCCACCAGUCUGUGAUCUACAGAUCUCCUGCUCUCCCCACCAGUCUGUGAUCUACAGAUCUCCUGCUCUCCCCGCCAGUCUGUGAUCUACAGAUCUCCUGCUCUCUCCACCAGUCUGGGAUCCACAGAUCUCCUGCUCUCUCCGCCAGUCUGGUAUCUACAGAUCUCCUGCUCUCCCCACCAGUCUGUGAUCUACAGAUCUCCUGCUCUCCCCACCAGUCCGUGAUCUACAGAUCUCCUGCUCUCCCCACCAGUCUGUGAUCUACAGAUCUCCUGCUCUCCCCGCCAGUCUGUGAUCUACAGAUCUCCUGCUCUCCCCGCCAGUCUGUGAUCUACAGAUCUCCUGCUCUCUCCGCCAGUCUGGGAUCUACAGAUUUCCUGCUCUCCCCACCAGUCUGGGAUCUACGGAUCUCCUGCUCUCGUCACGACGGGACCCCUGACCGGUGAAGGACUGUUCCGCCGGCUAUCACGAGGCAUCCUUAUCGUUACUCUCUGCUUAAUUGUUCCAGAGUUCUAAUAAUUGGUUCUUCUGUUAUGUCCCUCUCAGCCUCUUUCUUUGCGUUUUUGAUGCGCUGCGUACAGGAAUAGUAAAUAGCCGAUAGUUUCUUGGUUACAGAAUGGAGCCAAGUGUUUGAUUUCAUCAAAAUAACACAUAAUCAACUCAAACUAAUUCUAUAUAA